GAACCUUCAAGUGACCUUGAUGCUUAAGAUAACACGGUUUGCGCAUGUGCGCAAGCUUUCUAACAUUAAUAUGCCUCACGUAAACGUAGUAAAAGAAGGUCUUGCUGAGGUUACACUUCCAGAUGGUGUGUUUUACAACCCAGUUCAGGAGUUUAACAGAGAUAUCACUGUAGCCAUGAUAAGUCAAUUCGAAAAACUUCACAGAAAGGAAUCCCUCCGUAAACUAAAGAAUCUGCCAGAUCUGAAUUACCUACUGGUUUGAAAAUACUUGAAGCACUAGCGGCAUCUGGAAUAAGGUCUGUUAGAUUCGCUCUGGAAGUACCAAAUGUUUCCUGUGUAACUGCCAAUGACCUUAGUCCGGAUGCCGUUAUUUUAAUUGGAAAGAAUGCUGCACAUAACAACGUGAGUAGUGUGGUUCAUGCUGUCUGCAAUGAUGCUAUCGACCUCAUGUACACACAUCGGACAUGUAGUGAAAGGUCAGUUUACCUUCAUUGAGCUCUUAAAUGAUGAGGUAUCAGAGCAUUUUUGUAUUGCCGAGUAUAUAGGUAAGUAACAGCAUUAUUUAUCGCAUCAAAUAUUGCUGUUUGCUGGGUUACUAUUUAACAGACUGAGUUGAAAGAGCUAGCCAUUGAAUCUCCGGAUACCCGUGAAGAUUCACUGCAUUGACCAGGUGAAGUCAAGUAAUUAGCCACGCUGGGGUCCUGUAUACAUGUCUCAAAGACAGCAUGCAUCCAUGACUCGAUAUUCCAGAGUUUUGGGGGGCAAUACGUGCUGUCCGAUUUGGCAUUGAUCGGACGUUUAAAGCUCCAAUAUGAAAUCGACAGCGGGGUUCUAGGAGACUAGGGGUAAGGUUUCGAAGGCUUGGAUUUUUGGAAGUUGGUUCACAUUAAGCAGUUUAGGCUGUAAGUGGCUUAAUGUUGGUAUCAGAAAGUGAAAGUAAAGUAGGUAGGGACAUUUAUGAAACUACCUACUACCCUUUCACUAAAUAACAAAAUAUUUAUAAAACGGCAAAAAAUGAUGGUAACCGUCCACAUUGUGUUCAGGAAAAAUUAUGAAAUGCAAUAUAGCAUUCCACCUCUGCGUACACCUAAUUUCUUUUGGUAAUUGGGGUGCAUGUAGACAUGACUACCACCUGAAAACCGUAAUUUGCUGGGGAUGUUUUAACGUGUGGUCAAAAAUGUACACUACCGAGGACGCAGCAGUUAAUGAGGAACUGCUCUUCGUUGACUCAAAUCCUCAACUGUUAACAACUAUUUCUAAGGUAUCGAACUAUCUACAACGCAAAUAACAGGCAGACGGACAGGAAAAUCGACGUAAAUCACUGAGUAGAAAUACAGUUUUACACUUCACAGUAGCGUGUAGAAGGUAUCUCAUAUGGUAUGUAUUCAUGAUUUUAUAUUCCUACCAGUUUUAGGGUCAGGGUAGAAGUUUUGUAUGUUAGCUUGAGAUACCUCUCUUUUUAUCUGUACGAGUCUUCGCAUAACUUAUCUGCAAUAGUUUUUGUGUAUCAGUGAAUCCCAUUACUGUCACUUCGAAAUCCAUAAAAUCUAUUCUUUGUUACUUGUGUUAGGUUUAAUGUGGUUGACAUUGACCCUUUUGGAUCGGCAAGUCCAUUUUUGGACUCUGCCGUUCAAUGCUUGCACAAUGGUGGACUACUAUGCGUAACAUCUACUGAUAUGGCUGUUUUAUGUGGGUCCACUCCUGGGACUUCGAUGAGUAAAUAUGGUGGACUAGCAAUUAAAACUGGUUCUACUCAUGAAGUUGCAUUACGGAUACUUUUGAAUGCAAUGCAGUCAGCUGCUAGUCGAUAUGGUAAAGUUAUUGAACCGUUGUUAUCUUUAUCGGUGGAUUUCUACGCUCGGGUAUUUGUUCGUGUUUGGCAUAGCCCAAUAUCUGUGAAGGCAAUUGCAGCUAAACAUGGGAUUUGUUUUAUGUGUCCUGGAUGCCAUGCGUACCACAUACAACCUUUAGGUAUAGCAGUUAACAGUCCGAAAGCAAUUACUCCAGCUCAUGGUCCACCCAUAGGACCUCAGUGUGCAGAAUGUGGUUCAAAAUUUCGUGUGUUUGGCCCCAUGUGGAUUGGACCCUUGCACAAUCGUCCCUUCUUGCGUGAAUUCCUUUCUGAUUUGGGUUGCCCUCCUAAAGUCAUUGACGGAGACUCAAAUCACUUCAAUCCUGGAAGCUACUCUCCGUUAGUGACGAAAAAUACAAUUCAAAAUUCCCCGGAAAUAUCCAGUGAAUCAACAGUUCAGUGUGAGCCAUUAGUGAGUAAGAACUAUGGUACGCUUAAACGUAUCAUAGGUAUGGUUACAGUGGCGUAUGAAGAACUACCUGAUGUACCUUUAUAUUACGAACUUGACCAACUAGCAUCAGCUUACGGCUGUACCCUACCUAAAUUACUCGAUUUACACUCUUGUCUUCUGAAUGCCAACUACCGUGUAUCCUGCUCGCAUGCUGAUAAAAAAUCUUUGAAAACUGAUGCACCGCACUCAUUUGUACUCGACUGUUUUCGGGCACACUAUGAAAGACAAAACCCUACUCAAAAGGGAGAUGGUGAGGAAAACUCCAAGGAAGAAACUAAAGCAUCAGAGAAAAUCACCGUUCGAGAGAAGAGACGUUUAAAACGUAAGCGUCACGCUAAUAAGAACAUAUGUGAUUCACCAGAUGAGGAAGACAAUGAUUCCGAACCGGAGAAUGUUCCAAACCAUCAAGUAGUACGCGCUAAUCUAUUGGUCAGGCCAAUCAAUCCAUUAGUUUCCUUUACUCGUCAUCCGCUUGCCAAUCCUCCUUCACGGGAUGAUGGGUUGCUCAGAUAUCAAUUGAAUCCUGAGAAACAUUGGGGUCCGAAGUCCAGACCGAAGAUGAAAAACAAAUCUCAAUGAACUAAACAUAUAGUAUACUUAUAUUUCGUUGUAUUGUGGCGCAGUGUAUGUACUAUUUCUCUUGUGCAAAUAUUUCCCGAUUACACCUGCCUUUUCUAGAUGGUAUAUUACAGUCAAGACAUUUUGCCCACC